ACCUAUUUACAUUUUAAGGUAAUCUAGAAAAAUAUAUAAUAUAUAUUAUUGACAAAUCCAUAAUAAUUCUUUCCAUUUUUCAUUUUUAUCCCCUUAAUCAAUCUCUAGUCUUUUUGCCUUUAUCUUCUAAAAGUUAUUUAAAAAUGAAAAAUAAAGAAAAAGAUUAUAUAUACAAUAUACGUAUUAUGUACCUAUACAGGUUUAUAAUAUUAUACGUUAAGUCAAUUAAGUAUACAAUUAUUGUUAUAAAAACAAAAAUAUUAUUUAUCUUAGUUUCUUUACAAGAUUGUUUGUGUUUCAACAUUUAGGUCCUAUUAUUUUCCUUAUUAUAAUGAAAUUUAAUUCUAAUAAAUAUAUAUAAUAUAAUAUUAUUAUAUAGUAUACAACAAUAAAAAUCAUUGUCUAUCUUAUUGAUACCUCUAUAACAGAAAAGUAAUACUUCAACCUUAUUAUAUUUGACUCCGUGAAAUCAUUUUGCAAAAUUACUUUUGAAUUUAUUCAAAAGUUGAAUGGUAUGAUCUCACUAACAAUAAAAAUGUAUAAAUUCAAAUAAAUUGGUGCUUCUUAUUGUUCCGAUUGUUACAGUGCAUAGGAAAAUGUAUUAAAAAAUAUUAUGUUGCACCAUCCAACAAAGGUCAAAAGGCAAGAAGUUAGAUUUCAUGACUUCAAUGUUAAUAAUUCAUGAACAAGAACAACUGUCAAAUAUGACUUAUCUAAGUGAUAAGUGUUUUUCAACAAUAAAACGUCUGGGGUAUAGUGAUUACCUAACAGCUUAUACUUUCACAACAGUGAAAUUGUGAAUGAUAAUUAGGGAAUUCUUAUAGCUGAUAUUUAAUAGGAGACACUUUUUUAUGUGAAACAAUUAUUUAUUUUAUGAUGAAUACCAUUCAAAAUAUUUUCAAAGCCAAAUUGAAUAAUGUCUUUGGGAUGAUUCAUGUUAAACCAUUACCAGGCACACCUUUGAAUGAUAGAAGCAUUAAACAAAUAAUAUACACUGCCUGCAAAGAGGCUGAAACAUAUAUGAAAUGUGGAGUAGACGGAAUUGUCAUUGAAAAUAUGCAUGACAUACCCUAUGUGCCUGCUAAAGAAAUAGGUCCAGAAAUUGUGUCGUCGAUGACUAGAGUUUGUACAGCAGUUAGACAAUUGGUACCUGAACAUAUACCUUGUGGUCUACAAAUAUUGGCUGCAGCCAAUGAAGAAGCAAUUGCUGUUGCACAUGCAACAGAAUUCCAGUUCAUUAGAGCUGAAGGUUUUGUAUUUGGCCAUGUCGCGGAUGAAGGUUACAUGGAUGCAUGUGCCGGUAAGUUAUUGAGGUAUCGCAAGUCAAUAGGAGCACAAGAUGUUUGUAUCUUUACAGAUAUUAAAAAAAAACACAGUUCACAUGCCAUUACUCAAGAUGUAAGUCUUAUCGAAACUGCCAAAGCAGCAGAAUUUUUUCUGUCUGAUGGAAUUAUAGUGACUGGAACUGCAACAGGACAACCUGCCAAACCACACGAGGUUACUGAAGUUAAAAUUUCUGUGGAUGUUCCAGUACUUGUUGGAUCUGGUGUAACUGUAAACAAUGUACACGAGUACAGAGGUGUGGACGGAUUCAUAAUUGGAUCUCACUUCAAGAAACAUGGCAUUAACUUUUGUUAACAGGUGGCAAAAUGAACUCGACGAGACUGUUAUUUUAGAAUUUAUGAAUUGUCUAAGAUAUGACUGAAAUAAAGAAAUU